CGCCAUAUCAACCAAUUGCUGCUCCAAGAGAGACACACCAAGGAGGUGUACUUCCUGUGUUUCGUGAGAGAAGAAUGGGGCAGGAGAGAGGAGAGAGUUGUGUACCUUUUUUUUUGCCAGGGGGGUCCACACAGGCGGUUCUGUCGGAGGUGAAGGGGAGGGACUGAAGGACUGAAGUAGUGGACAGACUCCUCAAACUUUUCUUUGAUUUAUGGGAGAUCUCUCUCUCAACAACAGCGACUGAGGGGACAAGACAGAGAGAAGGCAGAGGGGAAAGAUAAGUGUCAAUCUGUUGAGACUUGUUUGGGAAUUUGAGGGAGGAGGGGAGGUGGAGAGAGACUGAGAGAGAGGCAGCAAGAGGGAAAAGCAAAGAGAGCUCAGGCGUAAACAUUAAGUUUUUCGCAAGAGUUAAAGUAGUGAGAGAAAAAGACAAAGGCAUUUCAGAUUUAUUUGAAAAACGGAGGCAGUUUGUUAUGUCAUCUAGGCAAUGCGAAUACAUGGCAUGAAUUCUUAUGUGUUGUGCAAUCCCAUGCUUCUGAGCUGAGCUGGACUGGAGAGGGGGAGACUUGAUCUCCCCAGGAUACCACAUUCAGGUUCUCCAUAUUAUGCUACAAUGGGGACCAAAAGGCCCAGCUGCACCCUCUUCGACACUUUAUCUAACAUAAACACAUCUGACCGCAAGCUUCAGCCAGGUGGAAAAAUCUCCCGGGAUCCAAGUCCCAGGCCAGUUAUGACUGCCCAGUCGGAGCGAGAGAGAGUCAACAAUCGAGAGGAAGACUGGAGGAGGGAAAGAGAAAUGGAGAAAAUGAGAGACAAAGCAAGAUAUAAAGAUAUGGAUUCACGGGAGAGAUACUAUGAAAGAGCUCCUGCACCCAGGAUGAGAGAGGGAGAGAGGGAGUGGAGAGAGAGAGAAAGGAGGCAAGAAGACGACAGAAGCAGAAACGGACGGCCACUGUCGAAUGUAGAGAGGGACCCUGAGAAAGAGGUGGAAAGGGGGAUGAAGAAAGGUGACACAUUUCCCAGAAUGAGAAAAAGCAGUGCAGAACGUGGUAGUGGCAGAAUGAUAUCCAACACUGAGAUUGAUGAAGAAAAAGGAGAAAGGACGCAGAGAGAGAGGCCAAGGCGAACAGAGACAGAUGACUGGGAGAGAGAAAGAGAGAAGGCCUGGCAGAGAGAAAGGUACAGAGAAAGGGAAAGAGAUGAGAUCCAAAGCAGGGCAGAGUUUGAUGCUGGUUUUCAAGACAGAGGAAGAGAAGUGUGUGAUCCACGGGACAGAAGAGAAAGAGAUGCAACAAGAAAAAGAGAAAAGCCAAAACAUAACGUGGGAGACAGGGAGUUCAGGAUGCCUUCCCCGCUCAUGCGAAAGGACAGAGACAUCUACUCAGAUAGGAGGGAGAGGGAAGAGGUGCAGAGGAGAGAGAGAAAGAGGGACACCAGAAGUGAAGGAGACAGUGAUGAGAGAGAGUUCAGGAGGGAAAGAGUGAGGGACAGGGAGAGGGAGGAGUUGAUAUAUCAACACAGCAGAAGUGAGGGGGACAACAAGGGCAAAAGAGCAAGGGAGAGAGAUCAAAAUAGACAGGGAUACAGGGAAGAAGACCGGCAGAGAUACAGAGACAGGGACAGAGAACGAGAAGUGGACAGAUCCAGGAGGAGAGGAGUGGAGAAAGACAGGGACAGGUACAGAGAGGUUGACAGGAGAGCAGCAAGGGAGGCAGACCGGGGGGGAGAGAGAUGGAAGGAAAGUGGGAGAGAUUUGAGGGAUGACAGAGGACGGUCAGAUGAGAGGAGAGAAGAUGACCGAUACAGAGAGUACAAGCAGAGGAAAGACAGGGAAAGAAAGGAAAGAGAGGCUGAUUCUAGGUGGGAUAAUACAACAGGCAGAAGCAGCCGAUCCAUGAACAAGACGGCCCCUAGGGUGCCACCACAAUCCCAGAGCAGCGGGGAAUGGAGCAGUGACAUGGACAGUGAGACAAGAUAUAGAAGAAGUAGAGACAGUUACGAAGAGAGGGAAUCUGGGAGAGACAGCACUAUUGAGAGCGAAAGAGAUGUGGAAGAUCAGAGAGAUCCAGAGAGAGCUGCUGAAAGACGUCAAAGGGCAACAGAAAUAAGUGAAAGACAAGAGAGAGAUCGAGGAGAAAUGACAGGCAGCGUCGCAGAGAACAGAAGGAUGUGGUUAGAACCACAAAGGGGUAAGAAUAGUAAAGAAGAAUCUGUAAGCAGAGAGAGACACACAAGGCGGAAAGAGAGGAGGAAAGAAGAAGAGAGGACAAUGAAGUCACAAGCAGUGUGGGGGGGAGAGGGGCGAAGGGUAAAAGAGGAACCAGAUGAGAGGCACUUGGACCAAAGCGGUUACAGACAAAGACCUGCAGGGAGAAAUGAGUACAGGGGAGACAUAGAGAGGGAGACAGAGGGUAUAAGUGUGGAUGGCGAGGAGGUAGGGGAGGUCUGGAGAGAGACAGAUAAGGGAGGGAAGGAAUAUCUGUCUGACAGCAAUGGUUGGAUAGAUGGCAGCUGGAAGAGGGAUGCAGAGGGAGAGAACAUGACAGAUAACACAGAGGAGAGUGACAAAGAGGAAGAGGGUGGGAGCAAUAAUCUUGCCCGCUCCGAGAAAGAAGGAAGUGAAUCAGGGUGGAAACAAGAGAGAGACAGUAUGCUGUCGGGAGAGGACGGCUUUGUGACCCUGUCCAGCGGCGCGGACGAAGACGAUGAGAAAGAGGAAGAUGAAGAUGAGGAGUUUGAGGACUGUCAGGAGUCCUGGGAAGGUGGAGUUGCAUAUGACGGCUCCUCACCCUUCAAGGGGUGUGAGGGAGACGAGGAGAAGGAAGAGGAAUGUACAAUGGGGAAGGAGGAGGCAGUUGAUGAGGAGGAACAGGGAACGGAAAAGCAGCCACAGUACGUCUUCUGUGUGAUCGGACAAACGUUGCCCCGAUCAAAACCAAGCGAUAUAUCACCGUCACAAGUUGAUCAGAUGGGAGGUGUGGAAAAAGACAACCCAAAUUUAGAAAAGUGUCAUCACUGCAGCGAUGACAUCACACAGCCAUCUCAGGAUGACCAGCACCCGACACUGAUUAUAGAUGAUGAAUACCAGAUCGUCAACAACCAGGGCACAGAAGGCAAGAGUAUGCAUGAGACACCAAGGGAGGAGAGGAUCGUCGCACAAACAACUGAAGUGGAUGUCAGAUACAGAGCAUCUUCAGAGCUUCAAGACACAAUAACUGGAGAGGAAAUGAGGAGCAAAAUGGAGCACCCUUAUGCUGAAAUAGGGCAGAUUAAAAGAGAUUCACAGACUGAAAGACUCCUCAUAGAAUGGAGAGAGAAAAACAAAGAUCUGGCCGAAAGAGGCAGGGAGCAAAUUUCUCCGGUCCCGAGUAAUCCCUAUGCUAAUGUUUGUUCUCAGGCCAAUUUUGAACAAAUUCAACCCAUCUUGGAUGGAAUAAACACUGGAGCAAUGAGUCCGGAAGAGGUGGAGGCCAUUCGAAUCCGAAUGAGUGGGGCAUGGAGCAUGUCUGAGGAGCCAAAGCGGCAUUCCCAAGCCCCCCACCUCAAAUGGGCCAAAAGUGUGGUUCGAGAGAUCCUGGGACAUUCGGAGGAACAGACUGUGGAUGAACCCAACUCAGAAGAACAAGGAAAUCAAGUGGUCAGCCAGUCUGAGACAGCGAUCAAGGACAACAAACAGCAGGAGGAGGUCUCACAAGCGACUGGAGAGAUUCCUGUUGUUAUGUUGACGAGGAACGAACAGCACGCCGAGCCAGGGCUAGAGGAGGAAGAGCCACUGGAAGUGGAGGAAUUGAGAGGUAUGGGGCAGAGCCACGCUGACAUGCAUGCUGACCAGUUCACAGCUAUGCAUGGUGACACACCUACACACACUCAUGCUGACACAACUUUAGACACAAAAGGGAAGGAGGAUUGCAGUAUGGACAAGACUGAACCUUCUGGUCACGCUGUGUUAGAAAAGGCAGAUAUAGAGGUGAAAAUAUCUCAAGAGGGAGGCAAUGAGGCUACGUUAUCAGAAAGAGAAAAAGAAGAAAGUCGAACGAAAGAAGUGGAGAUGUAUUUAUCUGUGAGUAACACACUGUACAAGCCUAACAGCUGCCCCAUCCUUAAUUAUGAAUCUGCUUCUGACCUCCUCACCCCCUCCAGAGAGGGUAAGAGCCAGGAGGAGGAAGACAGAAUGUUUGACAGUGAAGAAGAAAGGCAGGGAGGGGAGCUUGAGGACAGGGGUACAGCAGUAGAGGUGGGAGAGACGAGAGUAGGUGAAAGAGUUGAAGUGGAAAGCAGAGAAGAAAAGGUGGAGGCAGAGAGGCAAAUAAGAGGACGGACUCUAACGAGCACCUGCAGUUUCCGAGAUUUGGGUCCCGAGGCUCGAAUACGAAGGAGGGGAAUCCGUAAACCCACUGAAAGAAGAAAUGGAGAGCUUGUAGAAGUGGAAGAAGAUGAAGGUGUUGGAAGGGAUCGCAGAACCAGAAUAUUCUCUACAUCAGAUGAUGAGGAUGAUCGGAGUAAAAGCUGGGGAGAAGUGGAGCUGAGGAAUGUUUUGGACACCAUUGAAAGACACAAAAGGAAGUCAAAGAUUUUCAAUGCUGCCCAGCUCUACCAACAGUACAGUGAGGCAGCGCAGAACUUUGAGAUUCUGCGCCAGUCUCGCUCCGAUGUCCUGUCUGUGUGCGAGGACAAUGACCCCUCUCCUGCUCCCUCACCUCCUCCUGCCCGCAGACCUCUGCCUCCCCUGCCUCUUGUCCCACACCCUCACUCCUUGUACCACUCUGGCUCCAUCACCAGUGUCAAAAGCUUGCCUCUUCCUGAGCCCCCCAAGAGUGAACGCAGGCCUUCCUCUCCACGUCUGUCCAUCUCACUGACGCAGUCGGCCACACUGUGGCGGGACCUGCCGGGGGUCAGGAACAGUGCUGAGCUGGAGGAGCUCACAGAGGACCAGAGGCGACUGCAGGAGGUGAGAUUUGAGGUUGUGACCUCAGAAGCCUCCUACUGCCGGAGUUUGGACAUUGUUGUUGAACACUUUGUCAAGUCAAAACAGCUGGGGGCGCUGUUGACCACUCAAGAUAGUAACUGGCUGUUUUCCCGACUGGCUGAAGUGCGUGCCGUCAGUCACAGUUUUUUGUCAAAGCUGGAGGAGCGUGUGGAAACAGACAUCAUACACUUCACCGUGUGUGAUAUCAUCACUCAACAUUGUCAGCGCUUCAAAAAGGUUUAUGUGCCCUACCUCACCAACCAGUCCUAUCAGGACGCUACGUACCAGAGACUCAUGAAUGAGAAUUCAGGGUUCAAACGGACUGUGGAGAAAUUAGAGAGGAGUCCUGUUUGUCAGAGACUUCCUCUUCGUUCCUUCCUUGUCCUUCCUUUCCAAAGGAUCACAAGAAUAAAGCUGCUGGUCCAGAACAUUGUGAAAAGAACAAUUCCAGGAACUCCAGAGGCGACGCAGGCCAUCAAAGCUUUGAAACUUCUGGAGAAGAUGAUUCAAGAAAGCAACGAUAGCAUCUCUCAGAUGAAAAGCAUUGAGUCCCUUGUCUCUCUUAGUGCUAAAGUGGACUUCACGUCAGAGCACAGGACUUUUCCUCUGAUCAGUCAGUCUCGGAGGUUGGUGCGGGAAGGACCGGUCACUGAACUGAUGGAUUUCUCUCUUAAAGACACAGAGAAGAACAUUUACUUUCACCUAUUCAAUGACUACUUGCUGGUUUCACAACAAAAAGAAGGGGGAAGAUUCACAGUAACUGACCACUGUCCUGCGUCAGACCUGCGUGUAGAGAACUGCCGCGUCAAACUUCACUCCUUACAGAAGAACCUAUUCCGCCUGCACAUGUCACAAAGGUCCCUGCUGCUGAGGACUGACACACAGAGUGAUAAGCUACGUUGGAUGUCUGCUCUAUCCCAGCCACACCCUGAAACAGAUUUUUCUGCAGCUCAAGAUUUUCCACAGAUGCAGUGUAUCCGGUCUUUUGUUGCACAGCAGCCUGAUGAGCUGUCCUUAGAAAAAGCUGACAUCAUUCUAGUGCACCAACAAAGCAGUGACCAUUGGGUAGAGGGGACCAGACUGUCUGAUCGGCAUCGUGGAUGGGUGCCGGAGUCCCAUUUGGAAACCAUAAGCAACAACAAAGUCCGAGAACGCAACCUAUCGGAUGCACUCAAACUCACAACUGCCAGAGCUGCUGUUUAGGCAGGACAUUCAAGAGAGGAACUAAACUGAGGGAUGUCCUGGAUCCACUAUAAAGGAUAAGACUCUCAGUUGUCUGCCUCAAACUGCUGAAAAUUGGACAGUGGGCAUUCAGUGAACCAAAUGGAAAUGCUGUAAGAAUGCAUCUCAGUGUAGCAUUGCCCGUUUAACUUGGUGGAAAAAUAUAUUGCCGUGGAGCAAUGCAUAACCUGCUGAGGUUUACCUGAAAGACAUUAAAGAUGUUGUCACUGGAUUAACUCUCUCAUCUACAUCACAAAGAACAUUGUGUGUAAGAUACUAAUUCAAUGGACAGGUGUUUUUAGGAAGAGAAAGCAUCUUUUUCCAAGAAAUUUUAUUUUUGGAGAACGUAUUAUUAUUUGUGUAUACUGAAUAGAUGAUUUUAUGAUGCAUGUCUAUUGAAAAUUGUGCCCCUGCAUGCAGGAGAGCUGAUGGAGAUCAUGCAAAAUGUUGUACAACAGUAUACAAUGAGGACAUUUUAAUAAACUCAGAUUGGUGGAAUAAAA